GUAGUAUGAAAGGAUAGGUAAAACGAAAUUUGUUUUGAAUACUCACACGUCUACUAACAUGUACAGGACAAGUAAAAUUAAAUUAAAUUUAUUUAUCCUCUUUGGAGAUACAUUUUCCCGUUACCUUUAAUUACCGAUCGAUAAAUAUUUCCAAAACCUAUUAUGAUUAUCGAUAUUGAAUAAAAGUUUGGUUCUAUUUCUUAUCAUAAUUGCUUCCCAAUGGAGAAAUUGCACCGAUAUUACCGUGAUAUGAAUUCUACUAUGUUCCAUCGGUACUUUGUGUGAAAACGUGUACAAUCGUAAUUUAGCGAAAGGAAUAGUCCGAAGAGAGAGAAUGUCAAAAAACAGAAUUGGACAGAAUUCAAUGGAAACAAUCUGGCAGAAAUCUCGAUGGAGGGAAGCGGUGGAUAAGCUUAAAAAUAGUAGCUUCACCAAUUUCAGUCUUAAAAACGGUUAUCCGACACAACCACCAUCAUAUCGUGAAUACGAUUCCCCAUCAUUGCCACAACAAAGAGAAGACGACAGACAAUUGUUAAAUAAUAACAAAAGAAUGAAGGAUGUAAGUUGCUGUUUAAAAGCUAUAAACUAUAUCAUAGGGAUAUUCCUUUUGAUAUCGCUUAUCCUGUCUACUGUUGGUACAACUACGUCAUAUUGGCUCGAUACUGGUACCCUAAAUGUUGGAUUAUUCAAGGUCUGCUCAAAAUCUUCAACCUGUCAACCUGUUUCAUCCUUUACGGAAUCUGUGUUCGCAACAACGCCAAACACAUGGAGAAUAGUUACUGGUCUGGACAUAUCAGGAUGUUGUAUGUUGCUGCUGUGUCUUAUAUUUUAUUGUAUAUUUGUUCAUUGCACUGUUUUGGAUUAUCGGAAAGUCAGUUGCGGUGUAUUAUUGUGUAUACUUGUGAUGCUGAGUGCUGGUGCUAUUCUAAGUGGAAUGGCUGUUAUGGUGUGGUACUAUUUUGACAUUGAUAAAACAUACUCAUUGGACUGGUCUUUCUAUGUAGCGGCGUCUGGUGGUGGCCUUGCUUUUAUAACUUUCUGUAUUAUGAUUGUGUAUAUAUUUGCACUGGCGUUUGAAUGAUAUUGCCUUAAAAGAUCAUAGUAUGGUAUACCAUCAAUACAUUCAUCAAUUAUAUGUUAAUAAUACUAAAACGAAAAUGAUGUACAUUUUCAUCAUUAAAACAUUAAAGUUCAGUCUUGAGUGAUGAAAAACUGUUAUAACCUGUACACAAUUACAAUAUAUACCAAGGGACUAUGUACCGAUAGUACGCUUUUGUGCAAUAUUUGAAAGCAUAUUCACAAUUUAUACGGAAACUGGCCUUCUUUAUAUAUCUUCCUUGCAUGUUCAGAAAAAAAAAUAGAUUUCAAUUUAGAGCUUGAUAACCAUUGGUACAAUUUUGUCCUGAAGUGAGAUCCUUUAUGUUAUAACGUAUUUUUAUGCCAAAUAUUGUGGUGAAAGUAUGAUGUCAAAUAUCGCAAUCGAAUAUCAAAAUGCCGAAAAUCAAAUUUCUCAAAAUUUCUCAAAAUUUUAUUAAAUGUUAUAAAGUAUGAAAAUAAUAUUGCCAAAUCGCUCUAUUUGUCAAUUACAUUCCAAUAACGGGACCAGCGCAGCACUGAAUCUCAUUUUCGUCAAUAAUGCACUAUCUAUUUUCAUACUACAAAUGACCACUUUGGAAUCAGAAGUUCAAAGAUAUAAAAUCUGCAAGCUCAGUAAUGCCAAAAUAAACUAUUCCACAGUUCAGUAUCUACAACAAAGUAUUAUAACAGUAUAUAAUAAGCCACAACGGAAAUUUAACGUAAAAUAUAUUAAGUUAAAUAUCAGUAGUAUCUCGGACAAGUUAUAUGGUGGACGAUCGACUUUUUACAAAUAAAAAUGUCCCUUGGAAAUAUGCAAUUUGUGGAAAAUCAUGAAGCUUAUACUAUAGGUAUACCCCUUUUGCGUUCAAAAUAAUUAUCUGGAGUUAUUUCAUGAGGAACGUUCAAAGCGAAACUAUGUGAACGUCAAGGACGUGUAAGUAUCGAAACUCGUUAAAACUCAAAAUUAUUAAUCGUAGAUGUUAAGUUCCGCAUUCUCAACAUAACAUUAAUUGUACAUCUGUUUAAGAUUUCUAAAUUGUCAUAAUUGUCUUCGAAUAUAAUAUAGUGUUAUAAUUGGGUGUGAAUGUCUUUUCUUAGCGUUAAAUCAUUGAAAUUCAAUGAAUUAUGAAGGGUGGCAUGAAGGAAUUAAAUUUUAAGCCACUCUUCUUUUGCAGCCAAAAACAAUAUUAAAACUUACCAAUUUAUAUGGUUCCAAAAAAAAAAUCUAGAUUUCUAAUUGAAUUUAAGGGGUAUAUUAUAUGAAUCCGUCUUUGUAAAAACGUACUAAUUCAACCAAGCCACACAUCGUAGUAAUAUUUUUUACUAAUAACAAAAUCUAUUUGC